AUGACACCGCGUAUAAAGCAUGAAAUAAAAGCUAGGCAAAAGGCGUUUAAAUCUGGAGAUAUAACAAGGUACAAACUAUUAUGUGACAAAGUUACCUCACUUGUAUCAAAUGCGAAAAAGAAUUACUAUCAACUAAAAGCAGAGGGUACACGCGAAACGAAUCCGGCAAAGUGAUACAAAACCAUAUUUGAACUUGCUGCCGCUAAUGACUGUAACUCUUAACCACCAGCUGAUGCAGCAGACUUAGCGGAACGCCUGCAACAAAGCUUCACCAAACCUUGGCAGAAUGCCAACCCCACUGAAAUUCCGGACGUUGGGGAAAUUGAACACCUACUUAAGAAUGAUACCAGUCCCCCGUUGCCUUCCAUCGGACAAAUUAAGGCUACCCUUAAACAUCUAAAUCCCAGGAAGGCCACUGGCUCAGAUGAGAUCCCUCCAUGGUUACUGAAACGUUACCAUGAAGAACUUGCCCCUGUUAUUCAUAACAUCAUAUGCUCUAGCAUCUCCCAGGCUAAAUACCCAACCCUAUGUAAACACGCAUUGGUCACCCCAGUGCCUAAAAUAUACCCUCCUAAUGACAUGGAUAAUGAUUUUCGCCAAAUCUCAGUAUUACCGCAAUUGGCUAAAGUCUUAGAAAGCAUCCAACUUAAAUUAAACAAAGGGGACCUUAAGAUCAAGGACAAUCAACAUGCAUUUACACACGGUAGAUCAACUGUAUCUGCACUGGCAAGCAUGACCCAAAAUUGGUUCAACAAGACUGAAAACUCACGUGAUGGAAGAAUGGGUAUCCACGCCCUAUUUAUUGACUUUUGCAAAGCAUUUGAUCUGGUGGACCACGGAUUGCUUUUAAUUAAGGAAGCUCGCCAAAAUGAACGUGUCGAAAAGCUUCUGGCUAUGGACACGGAGCUUCCUAGAAGGGAGGAGUCAGCAAGUAAAAUUACAAGGUGCUCUGUCAUCUAUAAGGCCUUGCCCUUCCGGAGUCCCCCAGGGAUCUGUUAUAUCACCAACAUUGUUUAAUGUUCAUGUGGAUGACCUCGAAGACUGCAUUCCCAAUUAUCUGGACAUCAAUACGCACAAAUACGCAGAUGACUGCACUCAAGAUGAAGUGAUUCCAUACGGUUCUACUAGCAACAUGCAAACGGUGCUCGAUGCAAUAAACGACUGGGCACAUAGAAACAAGAUGAAACUUAACGCGAAAAAGACGAAAGACAUGUGGAUCUGCUUUAAAGCUGCAAUUCCGGAACCACCACAUCUUAAAAUUGGCGAUGAUACAAUUGAAAGAGUAAAGUCAUUCAAGUUGCUAGGUCUUUGGAUUGACAAUACCCUUAAAUGGAACACCCACAUUGACGAAAUUGCAAGGAGGGCAAACAAACGCUUAUUCUACCUACGAAAGUGUCGUCGAGCAGAUCUACCAACUAAUGUGGGUUUGACGUGCUAUGAAUCCAAAUUAAGACCGGUUUUGGAAUAUGCUGCCCCAAUUUGGGGUGGGCUGCCACAAUACCUUACUGACGAACUGGAGAGUAUCCAGAAUAGAAGCCUGAAAAUUUUGGGUCCACCUUCUGAUUCUCUUCAAUCUCUAGAACAACGUCGGGAUAAACUUUCAAUUCGCGAGUACGAGAAAAUCACUAAUGACGAAACACAUCCAUGCAGGAAGUACAUACCAGACAUGGUGACGAACAAGUAUGACCUAAGAACACCAAAAACUCUUCCCGGAAUUUUCUCAUACACUAAAAGGCAUGAACUAUCGUUCAUUCCCAUAACAAACUCAUUAUUAUAG